AUUAAAAAUGCGAAGUGAGGUAAAGAACGUAAAGCCAUUAGAUAUUCAGGAAAAGGGCAAAUAGAUAAAAAUGGCGAAUAAAAUCGGUUCCGAGGGCGGAGAGAAGGCCUUAUAUCUGAUACAAAUAAGAUACCUGGACGAGCGGUUGGAGAGGUGUCAACUUAAAUGCGACGAGCUGGAGAAACAGAACGAGGACCUCGCCUCUCUGUACGGCGCGCUGGAGAAGGACAAGAAGGACAUCACUGAGUACCUGAAACUAUCCGUGGCUGCAAAAGAUAAGAGGUUGGACGAGCUGGCUGAGCAGCUGGAGAGUCAGCCGCAGGCUGCUAAACGGGACAGAGAGGCCCUGAAGCUGCAGCACGGGCAGGAGUUGCGGGAGCUACAGGAGCGGGCUGACGAACUUAAGUCAGAGAGCAUGAUGCAGGCGACAAAGAUCGAGGAGCAGGAGGAGCAGCUGAUGCAACUGAUGCAGCAUUUGUAUUACAUGAAGUCUCGGGAGAAGCAGCUGCUCAGUCAGAAAGAAGAGCAUGAAGCUGCCAUCCACAGCCUGAUGAUGGAUACGGCGCUGGAGAGGGAAAAGAUGAUUGAGAAAAUGCAGAAGAAAUUGGACGACUGCAUUCAGACAAAGAUCUCAGACAUUCUUCAGAGGGCGAGGGCAAGGGCGAGGGCUCAGCACAGCGAUCGGAUGGAGAAAGUCCAGCUCCUGCAGAGCGAGAGCACACUCUUGCGGAGGGAGACAGACAUCCUGCGAGACAGAAAGAGAGAUCUUUGUGUUAGGACAGACGACAUGAGGAAAGAUCUCAACAAGGUUACCCAUGAGAGCUCAAUGCACAAGAAGGAGGUGGAGCAGCUGAGGAAGAAGUGUCAGCAGCUGACGAUGGAGCUAAAGGACUGCAGAAUCAACCACCAGCACAUACUGGGCCAGAUAGAGGCUCUUAGACAGCGCUUGGUCAUUGUGUCGGACGAGUGCCGUCAAAAAACAGCCGAGGCAGAUCAGCUGAGGACCGAGCUACAAAAGGAGAGGAGCAGGAGUAGGCAGCUGGAGGGCGUCAUGUGGGAAGCAGCCAUCAUUCUCAGACACAUCCGGACGGACUCGGAGAAGGCAUGUGAGACUCAGUGGAAGAUGCAGAGACUGCUGGAGAUCCUGGAGAGCACGGCCCCCCAGGGAACAGCCUCUGCCCUCAGCGACCCCAGCAGUCGAGGACAGAAACUGCAGAUCUCGGGACCCAAACCAGCCAGGAAACUCUGCAGUCAGAAGAUGUCCAGCUCUAUCGACCCGUCUGCUCCGGCUCCUCAGCAGAUCGAUUCGGAGGCAGAAGCCACAAGCCUUACAACCGGGAGAGGCGGAGUUCUGGGCAGACAGACGACAACAGGCGCAGCAGGAGAGGAGUGAAAACGCAGAGGAAAACGCUGGGAAACGAAACAUCUGCAGCC